AUGUUCCCUUCUGCCGAGACUCUCAGCGCCUUCAAGGCCACCCAGAAGCCCUUCAUCGCCUCGUCCGUUGUCGAGAAGAAGCCCUUCGUUGCCCAGUCCACCAUCGAGGUUAACUCGGCCAAGAUUCGCGGCAAGGACCUUGAGGCGAAUUCAAAGCCCUAUAGGGGUAACCAGAAGCGUGUGUCGCACAGCAACCACCUUAGACCAACAUAUUUCUACACCUGCGCCGCCGGUGGUGUCCUGGCCUGCGGUCUGACCCACUACACGAUGACCCCGGUCGACAUGCUCAAGUGCCGCAUGCAGGUCAACAAGUCGAUGUACAACGGUAUCUUUGACGGCUUCAAGAAGGUCGCUGCUGCCAACGGUAUCAAGGGUCUGUUCCUUGGCGGUGCCCCGACUCUGAUCGGCUACUCGCUGCAGGGCAUGGGCAAGUACGGUUUCUACGAGUACUUCAAGUACCUGUACGCUAACGUCGUUGGCGCCGAGAACGCUGCCAAGUACAAGACCUUCCUGUUCCUGGGUGCGUCCGCCUCGGCCGAGUUCAUCGCCGACAUCAUGCUGUGCCCGAUGGAGGCCCUCAAGGUCAAGAUGCAGACCUCGGCCACUCCGUUCGCCACCAGCUUCCUGGGCGGUGUCCGCAAGAUCCACGCCGCUGAGGGCAUCAACGGCUUCUACAAGGGUCUCGCUCCUCUGUGGAUGCGCCAGAUCCCGUACACCAUGGUCAAGUUCGCCACCUUCGAGAAGACCGUCGACCCAAGGAGCAGUACAGCAAGACCUGAGCAGCUCGGUGUCACCGCCGCCGCUGGCUACUUCGCCGGUAUCUUCUGCGCCAUCGUGUCGCACCCCGCCGACACCCUGGUGUCGAAGCUCAACAACGUUGCCAAGGCUGAGGGUGAGAGCACUGGUGCCAUCGCCAUGCGCAUCCUCAAGGACCUGGGCUUCACCGGCGUCUGGGCUGGUCUCGGCCCGCGUAUCUUCAUGAUCGGUACCCUCACUGCCCUCCAGUGGUUCAUCUAUGACUCGUUCAAGGUCCAGACUGGUCUGCCCACCACCGGUGGCGCCGCUGCCCCCAAGAAGGACGAGUAA